AUGAGAGCCUUUUUUCUCCUAGCUCUAUUGUACAGUGCCAGCCAGUCUGUGCAGGGACGUAACGGGACGAUGGAUGACUGGAUCAGGCUGACUAGUACAUUGUUCUCAAAUUACACGAAAGAAAUAUUUCCUGUGUACAACUUCACAGAAACACUUUUCGUCGACUCGUCCAUGUUUUUGUUGUCAAUUCUCGAUUUCGAUGAAGUAUCGGGCGUUCUCACAUUAAGCGCCGGUAUGACGUUUGAUUGGAUUGAUUUUCGUCUACAAUGGACACCGAGCGAGUAUGGAGGCAUCGAAUACAUUCACGUGAAUGCCUCGAGAGUUUGGAAACCGAAAGCCUACGUCAUCACCGCCGCGGACGAUUUACGUCAGUUUGGUAGUGAUGAAUUCGACAUAACGAUCUGGAAUACAGGUCUCUGUACAUUCAGUCCAGGGAAGCUGUUGAAAUCAUCGUGUUCGGUGGAUAUGUCGAAAUUCCCAGUUGACUCUCAGAUAUGUAAUAUAUUAGUACUACUUUGGGGAUCGCCCGCUAAUGUUAAACUCUUCUUCUCUAGAACGGAUAUGUACUUGACGUAUUACACACCUAACGGGGAAUGGAACAUCGAUAAAACUUCCGUAUCAUAUUACUUAGGGUUCGGAACACCCUCCACAACACUGGAUUUUACUAUCUAUAUGACCCGGAAGUACAUGUACUUUAUCGUUUCAAUGACAAUCCCCGUGCUGUUGUUAUGCUUCCUUAACCCGUUCGUGUUUCUCCUGCCGUCUUCUUCGGGGGAGAGAAUAUCCUACACCAUCACUAUGUUUCUCUCCCUGGCUGUCUACAUGACACUGAUAGGAGACAACCUUCCUAAGGUGUCAGAAAACAUGGCUGGGAUGUCCUAUUUUAUGCUUUUAGCGUUAAUCUACAGUAGCAUGCUGAUCGUUCUUACGAUAUUCACACUUCGGUGUGAAGCUGUUGAAGAUAUCAAAACCUUUCCAAAAUGGCUGAGGAGACUAACCCGAUACUGCUAUCAACUGAAAUCUAAUAAAAUAGACAAUAACGAGAGGUCGCUGAAGAUUUCGGAGUUAAAAGAACAGGGUGCACCGGAAGUAGAACAGGUUGAAACCAACGUUGACUGUUUAUCUGUCCAGCACAGGGACGUAAUGCGAGUAAUUGAUAAAUCCUUGUUCGUUCUUUCAUUUCUGGCUAUUGUGAUAAUGACGCUUUGGUUUUUGUGUACUCACUAUACAUGA